UUGAAACUUUUUUUUUUUAGAGAGAGAAAAGGGGGAAGAAAAACUUUUCCCACCAAAUAAACAGGAAGAUAUAGUGUUUCGUGGUCGCCGGCAGGGGGCGGUAAUUCCCCAGAAAUUCGGUGCGACGUAAAACAUGAACACCCAGAAGAAGAAUGCGGACGUGGUUGUUUUGGUUGUCAGAGUGGGACGAGUUUCUCAUCUCGGCUCAGUUUCAGCCGUUCAGCUCAGCAGACAAAGCUCCGCGUGGACUAAGAUGGUGCGUAAAUAGCAACUCGCGCCCGUAAAGCCCCCCACGCCCACCUCAGCUGAAGACUCUGUUUUUUGUAGCCUGGCUGCUGGGCUACGUGGCGUUUCUGCUCUCCAUCAGGAGAAUGUGGACAGCUAAGCACGCGCGCAGCCCGCUCGUGCGCUCUUUAGUAAUGAACAUGGUGAAUGAGCACGAGGCUGGAACCAGGGAAACGCACGAGUGGUACCGCUGCUGCCCGGACCUGCUGGGAGAAUCCGUCCGCCCCCUCUUCAUCCAAAGCCACUUGGACUCGGACACUAAGGAUUUCCUGAAGAAGAGCGCGGAGAAGUCCGGCUGGCUGUUCACGCAGCUCUACCACUCGCUGGUGUCGACCGUCCUGAGCCCCGUGGUGUCGCGCACCUCCAUCAACGGGUUUUUGGGGCGGGGGUCUAUGUUCGUGUUUUCCUCCGACCAGUUCCAGGAGUUGCUCCGGAUCGGGCCGGACUGGACGGCGGAGAGACUCCUAGACCUUGGGGCUGGUGAUGGAGGGGUCACUGAGGUGAUGGGAGUGCAUUUCAGGCAAGUCUUUGCAACUGAGGUGUCUGUGCCAAUGAAGUGGCAUCUGCAGAGGAGGAACUACAAGGUUCUGGGUAUAGACGAGUGGCAGCAUGUUGGAUUUCAGUACGACGUGAUCAGCUGUCUGAACUUGCUGGACCGCUGUGAUGAUCCUCUGCACCUUCUGCUGGAAAUCCGAAAAGCCUUGGUUCCCAAAACGGGAAGACUCAUCUUAGCUGCUGUGCUCCCCUUCCAGCCCUAUGUAGAAGUCGGCGGCAAAUGGGAACGACCAAGAGAACACCUGAAAGUUAAAGGAAAGUCGUGGGAGGAGCAAGUGACCGAUCUGUCCCACCAGGUUUUCCCGCAGGUGGGCUUUGAGGUUGAGGCCGUGACGCGUCUGCCGUACCUGUGCGAGGGGGACAUGUACAAUGACUACUACGUACUGGAUGAUGCGGUUUUCGUCCUGAAAGCCUCAGACGACUCUGAGCAGUCUGUUCAGGAGCUCUGAACACUCCGCCAAAAUAUUUCUUCUCAGUUUCUUGGGUUUUAGUGCAAUUCUUCUUAUCCUUCAUGCAUUUAUUCAUCUGGGAUGUUCAGAAACGGGGAGUCGGGUCUAUCAAAGCAAUCAUAUGUGAUUUCCUUUGUUUUUUUUAGUUUGUUUUACUGUUAUUUUGAAUGAAAAACAUAGAGAGGAUCAUCCUGUAAGGUAUUUCUUCUUCCAAGUGCAGUAUUUGUGCUGUAAAUGUUUAACUAUCCAAAUUUUUUCUGAUAAUAGUUUGGACAAAUUUUUAUAGUAUUUGAUUUUGUUAUAGCAUGAGAUUGUGCAGAAUUUUACAAUAAUAACUUGUUCUCCUUCUGAGAGUUUUUCCAAGUGAAAUAUCCCACAGGUGAAGCACUUUAUGAGCGUUUGAUGCUGUAAGGCGCAGAUUAACCCCUCGAGGUUGGUGCUGAUGGGAAGAUCCCAAACGUGAAUCGCACAACGCUGGACGCCGUUCCACUAAGAUGCAUUUUCAGUGCAACUGCAGUGAAAACAAGCCAACUUUUGUUAUUUUAGAACACUCAACAAUGGAUCAAUGCACCUGAACAAAACAGUGAUAACAACUCAAAAUAAUUUCCAACCUGUUGAAUUCAGUGUUAAAGCCAAACUUUUUGGAAUUCAGAACUUUUGUUUUUUUGUUGGUUUUUUUUUUGGCUGAAAUGAAUUUAAUUCUAAGUAGUGAAUUUAGUUCUAAACCUAAAAGUGCUGCAUAUUUUUGAAAUAUUUUUCAACAAUCUGAUUGAAUUAAAGCUUUAGAUAUAUAAAUGUGAGCUGUGUUUUUCCAGGAUGUGCUUAUGUUUUUACUGUCUGGGGUUAAAGACUGGAUUUUUUAAGCUUGUGAGGUUAUUUAGCACACUUAAGACUUUUUAUUUCAUUUUCAUUCUGAAACCAGUGCAGCUUCACUGUUCACAUUCUUUACUGCAGGUUUUGUUUGGUAUUGGGGUUAAAUGACAGUGCAGGAAAGAUUUUCUGGUGCUUUGUGGUUUUAGUAUCAAACGUUGCCGUGAGUUUAGGACGAUGCCGUGUGACUGCCUAUGAUUAAAUGUGCCAUUUUAUUUCUUAUUAAACCCUUAAAAAAAAAAAAAAA